AUGGUCGAGCUUCACGACGGCUUCAACUCUCCAGCUCGACAUGCUCUGGAUACUCGAACACCUCGACCUCGAUCGCGUCGUCCCCGGCGGAUGCAGAUGCAGAUGAAGGCAUACCCAUCUCGCGCCAUGUCGCUUCUACCGUCUGCUUGCUCGUCGUGGCUGCUUCUCGUCCUCCUCCUGUUCGCGGGAAACACGCAGGCGGCCCUGGUGCCGUUCAGAAACUGCCUGCCGGACUCGAUCCUCAAGUCCAACCCGCUCAAGCUGCAGUUCAUCCCUCUCUACGUCGCGGCGCACUUCAACAGCUCGCUGCCGUCCUUGAACCUCAACGUCACCGUGUACGGGAACGUGAGCGGCACCGAGACGAGGGAGCCAUAUCCGGCUCCAGAUGACCCGAGGUGGUCGAAUCCGAACGAGACACUGGGCAAGAUAGUCAGUGUUGACCCGUCGACAAAUACAUUCACCACCCUCUUUCCGGAGAUCAAUGUCGUCAGCUUCUCGGCUGCGAAUUCGUCGGUCGUUCCGUUCUGUGAUUCCCUCACCCAGGGAAAGUGUCCCUUGGGGCCGGUGUUUAACGUCAAUCAGAACUCUCGGUCUGACUUGCGCGCGUUCUCGACGACAUAUAAUGUCACCUCUUCAUACGCAUUCACUUCCCUACUAGCUACCCUCGAGGUAAAGGCCGGAGAUAUCAACAAGACUCCAUAUAGCUGCAUUGUAGCCGAUAUUGCCCCGGACCUGGGCCCUCCGCUUCGAUCAGCACUCGGAUACGUCCCUCUCUCUAUCCUGGUUCUCGUGGGCAUUGCUACCGUAUACGCUGCCAUUUUUAGUCCAUGGGGCACCACGGAUAUCUUCCGAUGGACCUGCAAUUACGGCCGGGAUGAGGAUCUCAUACGCCUGGUCACACCUGGGUUUGCAGAUUGUCUGCAAUACAUCCAGUUCAUCAUCCUCACGGGUUCCCUAACGCUAAGCUAUCCGGGCUACUAUCAGCCCGUCGUCAGCCAGCUGGGCUGGUCGGUGCUCAUGUUCAAUCAGAGUUUCGUUAGUCAGGGGAAUGGCACCGACCCGUUGGUUGACGGCGUAUACUCUGUCAACGGUACCUAUGGGCUCGACCGGAUGAGCCAAUUCAUCGGCAUGACAGAUGCAGAAGACAUAUGGACAGGUAUGAUCAUCUGGCUUCUAGUCAUACUCGGCUCCGUCACCGCCGUCAUACAGCUAGGCUUCGCCUUCCGAUGGAUCCAUCACAACGUGAGCCAUGUAGCAGAGGAAGACCUGCAGUCGAAAAACCUUUCUUUUACCCUGGGAAAUGUCGUCCGGAUCGUCUUCAACUUCUUCCUCCUCCCUGGAGUCUCGCUGUCCAUGUUCCAGCUUGUCGUGGCUUCCUCGUCUCCCAUCUUCGUCGUAGCCUUAGCGGUCAUACUGCUGGUUAUACUUGCUGGGUUCGCGGCGUGGCUCCUCUAUCUCAUCAUCUGCACUCGUCCGCGCUCAUACCUUUUCGACGACCUACCUACCGUCCUCCUAUACGGACCCUUGUACAACACUUUUAGUGAUGGGGCGGCUCCCUUUGCAUUAAUCUCCGUUCUCCUGACAGCAAUGCGAGGCGUAGCCAUUGGCGCCGUACAGCCCUCUGGAAUAGCGCAGAUCGCCAUCCUAGCCAUCUGUGAGGUUACCAUGAUACUGACCCUGAUUGCGUUCCGGCCUUUUGAAUACCCAACAUCAAUGAACGCAUAUCAUACCGUUUUUGCACUCGUUCGGUGUCUGACAAUCCUCUUGUGUGUAGCCUUUGUGCCAUCACUGGACGUUCAGGACUCGGCAAAGGGGUGGAUCGGCUAUGUUAUUCUCAUGUUGCAUGGCAUGGUGCUGAUCUUUGGCUUCUUCCUUAAUGCAAUCCAGACCUUGAUUGAGGUUGUUGCUAGACAGGCUGGAGCUGGAGGUGAUGCUGGCGCUCAAGGGGAGGCUGCCAGGGGAGGGUUGGUAAAGGUAUUUGGCGUCCGCCAAUUAUCCCGCCGCUCCCCCAGAAAGCGCCGCCCGCGCCAGAGCACUAAUUCCGAAGCUACCAUGCUCAAUGUCGACAUGGAGCGUCCAUCUACUCAGCUCGAUAGCGAACGGCCGCGCAGCUUCUCAGGCAGCUCUGCCGUCCUCCUAAACCGGCCAGGGAUAGACAGAGCAAGCACUGGGUUCGAAUCAGGCACAGGCAGCCUGUUCAACACCAGCAACCCUCGCGGAACAGGAAGCGGACCAUACACUCCCACCACCCCUGGAGCCUUCUCAACUGGGCCGGGACAAGCUUCUGGCGGCGGCGGGUCGCCGCGUAGCGGCAUCAUGCAUAUGCACGUUAAACACGAGACAGCAGACCCGUACUACCGGCCACCCCGGCAACGGCGUGCAACCCUAGAAGGGAUACGCCACACUUCGUGGACGAGCAGCGACUUGGGUAACGGGCAAUCAAGUCGCGCAAUUGACACUCCCGACGCGGAUGCGGAUCCUGACCACCAUGCCGAAGUCAUUGCGAACCAUCCUGUAACCAACGGCGGAACUCCAACGCCUGCAUACCUCGGUGCACCUAGGGAAGAUCCUGACGGUGACGGUGACCCUGCUCUUCGAACGGAUUAUGCGGUUCGCGAGGUCGACUUCUACUAUCGAGUGCGCGGGCCCGCAUUGUCUAACUCUGCUACGAGGAAGUUGAAGACUGGCCCCGCUGAUCCUACAGGUCCAGUCUCUUCGGCCAGUGGAUGGCUGAAGAGUAUGUUUGGCGGCAAGACAAAGGAUAAGGGGAAAGGAUUCGAGGUUGUUCGAAGUUCUCGUGCUCCUCCACAGGCUGCAAUGCGACCUCAGCCCGCGACUGCUGAACAAGACGGAUUCGCGGAGCCAUAUACAGAUGAUCCAGAGCCGACACAAUCAUCUUCGGCAGCCGUUCCGAAAGAACCUUCCGCUACAGAAGAGACUGAACCCGAAACCAAGAGGAGCAGCGACGCACCAGUCCUACCACCCAUCCUGAUCGAAGACGCCAUCGAACUCCCCAGCCGAACAAGUACCCGCCAUGUCCCGUCAGCUUCCAACUCCCAGUCUCGCCCUCACACUCGCUCUCAAUCAAGCUCACAUAUUGGCCUCCGCAUAAGGCCACCGACCAUCCCCCGCAAAAGUUCCAAGCGCGGUAGCUCCGUCGACCUCAAGGAUGUAAAACUCAACGAUGCCGGCAAGCCUUUCCUAGGCCGUUAUCAUUCACGUACCAGCUCUCGAGAUUACGAGACUCCAAACUCCGAAGCUCUUAUACCGCAGCGGACGUUCUCUACCCGUGCUAUACAACAGUCACGACUGCCGUUUGGUUCCAACUCGUCCUCAACCCACAGUGGGCCUAUGUCCAUUGACUCGAGUGAUUCGAUGACACAUCGUCGGGGCGACAGUGGGAGCACGACAGGACAGACGCAGGGACAAACGCAGGGACAAACGCAGGGACAAACGCAGGGACAAAGAAACCCAUCAUCAGCGACUUUCGACACUACUCGACGCGGAAAGUUGAAGGGGAUGGGAUACGUCCAGCAGCAUCGAGCUAGUGAUCAUAUUCAUGAAACUACGUUGUCUGGAGGAAGUUCCGCCGAGUUUAUAGGGGACCAUCAUAUCCCUUCUCGUCCCCAGAAUCCAAAUACUGCACCAGCACCAGCUCACCCGAGCCCUACCUCACCUAGAUCCCGAUCCUAA